AAGUGCGAUUGAAUUUCAUUUAACCGCCGAAAGUAUCAAAAUCUAUUGAACAUAAAUAAAUAUUCAUCCCGCCAAAUUCCCAAGUUUCUUUGGAAAUUCGAAUCCAACUCCUACGCCGGCACCGCCGCUGGAUGGAGAAUGGCUUGAUUUCGGUGGACCGGUGGUCGGACGGUAGCCAGAUCUAUUUUCUGACUCACCUGCACUCCGACCACACCAAAGGCUUGUCUUCGCAAUGGUCUAAAGGCCCACUCUUCUGCUCUCGCCUCACCGCCAAACUCUUCCCAUUCAAAUUCCCCAAUUUCAACCUCUCCUUGCUCCGCGUCCUCGAAAUUGGUUUAUGGCAUUCAAUCUCAUUGAUUUCACCUUCAUCUGGUUCACGGAAAGUUAUCAAGGUCCUGGCAAUCGACGCUCACCAUUGUCCUGGUGCUGUUAUGCUCUUGUUUCGUGGAGACUUUGGCUGCUUGAUGUACACAGGGGAUUUUCGGUGGGAAAUGAGCAGUGAAAGGGCGAAUAAAGGAAGGAUAGCCCUUCUGAAUGCACUCGAGGAUAACACUGUCGACAUUCUUUACUUGGAUAAUACCUACUGCAAUCCUUCAUAUGCGUUUCCUUCUCGAGAAAUUGCUGCACGGCAGAUUGUUGAUAUCAUUGCCUCCCAUCCACAACAUGAUAUCAUCAUUGGCAUUAAUUCUCUGGGGAAGGAAGAUCUUUUAGUUCACAUUUCUCGCAUGCUUGGAUUGAAGGUUUGGGUAUGGCCAGAACGCUUGCAGACGAUGCAUCUUCUUGGUUUCAAUGACGAAUUCACUACAAAGACGAAUCUUACUAGAGUUCGAGCUGUUCCUCGCUACAGCUUCAGCAUAGAUACUCUCGAGGGAUUAAACCAGAUGCGCCCAACCAUCGGAAUCAUGCCAUCGGGUCUUCCUUGGGUGGUAAGACCCCAUGAAGGAGAUGGUAUUCAUUCUGGUUCGCUUCUCACCACACGUUAUCGCCGAAGCAAGUUGAAUGAAAAUGGUCGAUUCUUGAUUGAGAAGCAAACUGGAAAAGUAGAAUCGGUUACGAAGUUGCACAAUUACAUUUUUUCAGUUCCAUACUCGGACCAUGCUUGCUUCUCAGAGAUACAAGAAUUCAUAAAGCUUGUCCGUCCAACCACCAUCAAAGGCAUUGUUUCUUCAUCUUCUUGUUACAUCGAACCCCUUUACUACUUCGGUCGCCUCUGUGGAGCAAAGCAACCUGUAAAUAAGUUCCAUCACAAGAAAAAAGGAACAGAGAAAGUUGAAAAAAAUGUCGACAUUAAGUUUGUUAACUCGAAGAAAGGUACAAAUGCUGGCAUUUUGAAUGCGGGCGUUCGUUUGGGUCGAGUGAGUGCAUUGAGACGAGUCCAGCGUGGUGCGCGUCUUCCGGAAGACGAUUGUCUUUGAAAGGUACGCUUUUCUUGCUUUCUUGCCUACCUUGAGUUGAUAAGCUUCUAUUAUAUACUAAUUUUGCCAAGAGAUUUGAACCAAGACCUUACCACUAUACUACUAUACUACCAAGACCUUGUUUGAUAAGAAUCUAUCCAUCCUGAUUUUGUAUGAUAAAUUAUUAUAAAUUGGGUGAUCCA